CUCGGUGUAGUUAUCCUCAUUUGCCCUGUAACUGAAGCAUUAUUAUGGGUCAGAUUAAAUUUUUAUUGUUGUUAUAAUGGAUAACUAACCUUACCCAAGUCCUGCUGAGGACCCAGCCACAUGCGAGCAUCACCACCAAGAUGGCCGACGCUAUGGAGGAAUAUGAGAAAGAAGCUGGCUGCGUCCCUAUUCUCCAUCCUGAGGAAAUCAAACCCCAGAGUCAUUACAAUCACGGCUACAGCGAGAAUGUCAGCCGUAAAAACCACGUGGACGACUACAGCACCUGGGACAUUGUCAAAGCCACACAGUACGGCAUCUUCGAGCGCUGCAGGGAGUUGGUGGAGGCAGGUUUCGAUGUUCGGCAGCCAGACAAAGAAAACGUAACACUCCUCCACUGGGCUGCCAUCAACAACAGGAUAGACUUGGUCAAAUACUACAUAUCAAAGGGAGCCAUAGUUGACCAAUUGGGAGGAGACCUGAACUCCACACCUCUGCACUGGGCUACCAGACAAGGCCAUCUAUCUAUGGUGGUGCAGCUCAUGAAAUAUGGCGCAGAUCCGUCUUUGAUCGAUGGCGAGGGCUGCAGUUGUGUCCAUCUGGCUGCGCAGUUUGGCCACACUUCCAUCGUGGCCUACCUCAUUGCCAAAGGACAGGAUGUGGACAUGAUGGAUCAGAACGGCAUGACUCCUCUAAUGUGGGCGGCUUACAGGACACACAGUGUGGAUCCCACCCGGCUGCUACUCACCUUCAACGUGUCUGUCAACCUGGGUGAUAAAUAUCACAAGAACACAGCGCUGCACUGGGCCGUGCUGGCCGGCAACACCACAGUCAUCAGCCUGCUUCUGGAUGCCAACGCUAACGUCGAUGCACAGAACAUCAAGGGCGAAACACCACUGGACCUUGCCAAGCAAAGGAAGAACGUUUGGAUGAUCAAUCACUUACAGGAAGCGCGGCAGGCCAAAGGCUACGACAGCCCAUCCUACCUGAAGAGACUGAAGAUGGACAAGCUAAUUAAGGAGUUCAGGCAGAAGGUGAUGCUGGGAACGCCCUUUGUGGUCAUCUGGUUAGUUGGUUUCAUUGCUGACCUGGACAUCGACUCCUGGCUGAUAAAGGGCGUCAUGUAUGCAGGCGUCUGGGUUGCCGUGCAGUUCCUCUCCAAGGCUUUUUUUGACCACUCCAUGCACAGCGCUCUCCCUCUGGGAAUCUACUUGGCGACCAAGUUCUGGAUGUACACCACUUGGUUUUAUUGGUUCUGGAAUGAUCUCCCGUUUGCCACCGUCCAUGUGCCAUUCCUGAUUAACACCCUGGCUCUGUUCUACAACUUUGGUAAAUCCUGGAAGUCCGAUCCAGGGAUCAUCAAAGCAUCAGAGGAGCAGAAGAAAAAGACGAUUGUGGAGCUGGCAGAGACGGGCAGUCUGGACCUGAGCAUAUUCUGCAGCACCUGCUUGAUACGGAAGCCCAUUCGGUCCAAACACUGUGCCGUGUGCAACCGCUGCAUCGCCAAGUUUGACCACCACUGUCCCUGGGUGGGGAACUGCGUGGGAAGCGGGAACCACCGCUACUUCAUGGGUUACCUCUUCUUCCUGCUCUGCAUGAUCUGCUGGAUGAUGUACGGCUGCAUCUCCUACUGGAGGAUCCACUGCGCCACCACUUAUGCCAAGGAUGGUUUCUGGCUCUAUCUGACCCAGAUCGCCUCCUGCUCCCCUUGGAUGUUCUGGAUGUUCGUCAACAGCGUCUUCCACUUCAUGUGGGUGGCCGUGCUCAUCAUGUGUCAGCUCUACCAGAUCGCCGCUCUUGGAAUCACCACCAAUGAGAGGAUGAACGCUCGGAGAUACAAGCACUUUAAAGUCACGGCCACCUCCAUCGAGAGCCCCUUUAACCACGGCUGCAUCAGAAACCUCAUAGAUUUCUUCGAGAUCCGCUGCUGCGGCCUGAUCCGGCCCGUCACGGUGGACUGGACCACGCAGUACACAAUAGAAUACGACCAGACGUCUGGCUCGGGCUACCAGCUGGUGUAGAGAAGGAGGAGGAAGAGGAGGACGAAGAGGAAGGGGGUGCAAGCGGAGCGUGGCUGGAUGGAUAAAUGGAUGGAAGCAAAUGUUUUGGAAGGAUGACCCUCGUCACCCUCCCUCUCCACCCCUCCUCCGCCGAUCAUAUCUGAGUGAUGCUGUUCUCGGGAGCACUUGCUUUUUUGGACCAUCUCUCCCUCACCGAUCAAACAACUUUGUACAAAAGAAUAAGAUAAAAAAUCAGCCGGGACUAGCAUGCUGUUAUGGGGCAACACCGCACACCCCGCCCCCUCCCCCCUUCGCCUCCACCACCAUCUUUACUACUCUUACUACUACUAUUAUUACUCAACAAUGUCAGACUCCAUUACUGUAUCUUUACCGCUGACCAACCCUCCACUUCCCCUCUUCUCCCGAGCCCUUUGGACGGUGCGUUGCUGCCAGGCACAAAUGAAGAGGAGAGAGGAAUUACAGAACUAAAAGCUCUUCUACCCGGAGACUCAACACCGCAGACAAAGUAGAGCCAUGAAGAGGCAACGUCGUUCUUCCCCCCUCCCCCAUUUUAUAUCUUAUUUAUGGUGUCCCUGUCCAUGUGCCCUGUACAUGUUUGUUUUUGAUUGGUUCAGGAACUCCGUUGUUCCUGUCAUAACUAACUGUGGUGAAAGGUAAAAGAAAGUUUUUUUUUUUUUAUAUAUAUAUAAAAAACAAGAAUUUGUUUCAAAGUACGAUAGAAAUAAGGGAAUGUCUUUUAAGGUCUUGAUUUUGCACCGUGCUGAGUUUCCAGUGGAGCUGACGAUUUGCCAAUUAGUGCUGAAUUUAUCAUAGGAGAGCGUUCGGUUAAAAGGAGCCGCUGCAGAAACCUCACUUCUCAGCCUGCUCGAAUAAAAGCUGCUUCCUCUCAUGACAUAGGUUUAGUGCAUACAGAGGGUUUAACCCCAAAGCAGUUACUGUGCAGUAAGAACGCGGGAUUAGAAGUGCACAGAGAGCGACUCCUUCAGCGAAACAUGCAAGAAAAUAUCCUACAGACAAUGUGAUACUAUGUGAGGUAUAUUUAUUUUAAAACUAUUUAUAGACAAAGUAACUAUGUUCUGGCACCAUCAUUUUUUGCAUUUCAAGUCAGGUUAGCUGAAUAGGUUUUAUAUGCUAAAAAUAUUAAAGAAGUACCUGUAGCCAUAGAGCAUGGAAGCCAGAGAACUUUGCCUACAAAACUCUGUAGACGGGUACAGCAAGUGUAUUUAUUAAGCGCAGAGUUUAAGAAAAAGAGGAGGCUGCAGGAUCAGAGACGAGUUUACACGAGAGUUGCAUUCCAUGUAUGUUUUCUUCAGAAGCUGUACAGUCGUAUUUGUUAUUUGUCUGCCUACAUCAUUGCACUGAUCAUGUUUUUUUUUUUUAGUUUUCUUUUUCUUUUUUUUUAUAAUAAAUUGGCUGUGAUUGAACAGAAGCGCCGCUUCAUGCCGACGCUUCCAUUGUUUACAGAGAGAGAAAAAGGAGGGGCCGCCUCCUAAUCGCUUUCUGUCCCGACCCCCUCACACGCAGUCAGCUUCACAGCAGCAGCAGGAGGACGAGGAUGGCCUGAAAUGUCAAGAAUGUGCAUCUGUACAUAAACACCAUCUCCCUCCGUUUUUUUCUUUUUAUCAGUGUUAGCCCAAACGGUGCUCCUGGACUUUUUUUUUUUUUUUUUUUUUUUCUUUUCCUGCAUUUGGGGGAUUUCCUCCAACCAAACAGAAAGGAGAAACUCAAGUGACUAUACUCCAAGUGUAUGACUGUAGCUUUUAGUGAUGUCCGUCACUGCUGUCUAUAGGCGUUUUAACCCUUAAGAAGCUCCACUGCAUGUAUGAUGCUUGGGACAGCUGGGCUGUCGCCGCCCCUGUCGUCGUCUUCGUGGUGACAGCCCAGCAAGCCACGUGUCUGUAUAUAGUGAAUGUUAAGUAUUUGCAAGUACUUUUCUGCAUUCUGUUCAUUUGUCCUUUUUUAAAAAAAAAAAAAAAAUGGGUUACUUUCUCUCGAAUCCAGUGUAUUUAGUGGAAGUUGUCCUUCAGGUCGCCAGCUUUCCAGUGGGACCCUCCCUGUGCAAGUGUGUAAUAUAUUUGAAUGUUCCAUUUUUUUUGUUGUUUUUAUUUCUACGUUAUAUACCACUGGAUGUACAAAUUGUAAAGCAAAGACACUAGAGAACUAAGGCAGACGCCAUUUUUUUUCUUCUGUUUUUUAAAAGCUGAAAUGUGAUCAUGCAAUAGUUUUAAGGAUAGAGGGAGGUUAUAUUAUAUAAAAGCCCUCCAAAACUUUUGAGCCUAGUGUUUGCAUCAUCAGAAGGGGACGGUUAUGUCAUCGUUACAGGUUUCAAGCCUCCAUUUUACUAACCACUGAUGUCACUGCUGCCCUAUGAACAUGACACACAGCAGCUCUAUUUUGUGUGCUUUAAUGGUCAAAGGUCACGACCUGGCUAUACAUCUCAUAUCAGUAACUAGCCUCUUGUGUUCUAAUAAUGCCUUUUAAGUGAACAUAGAUAUAUGCAGCCUAGUGGUUUCUAUGUUUUGUUUUGGGGUUUUUUUCUUUUUUCUUUAGGGCAGUUCACCACUUCAGGCUCACCCAGGACAUGAAUUCAAAGCCAUCUCAGUCCUCACUAGUUCUUCCAGCAGCCUAAAAAGUUUCUUCUGUCCCCCCCCCCCCCCCCCCCCCCCCCCUCACCCUCACCCUCACCAUGCGGGAUAGCAAAAGCAGAAAAAAGAAAGCACAUAAUCAUCUCCAGUGCCUCUCUGCCCACCUCCAGAUGUCACUGUAACUCCGCUUCAGAUGUAAACAUAUGGGCAUGGUUCAGUUUCAAUGGCUUUAAUAAUAAAAUACAGUCAAAUGUGA